CCAAGGGUUGAAUGUCUAGGAAGACUUGCUUAACAGUCAGCCCUCUCACCUUUUUCAAAGGACGGUUUCUGGAGCUUUCUCUGAAUAUUCAUCAAUGUCUGAGGAAAUUGUUUAUGCAGAUCUCAAAUUCCAGGACUCUGAUAAGAAAGAAGAAAGCCAGAAGUCUGACAAAUGUGGGAGAAAAGUACCUUCUGCUGGUUCCUAUUCACAACACAAAAUAGUCUUGAUUCUGAUUCUUCUAUGCCUUCUGCUGUUUAUUGGAGUGGUGGCCUUAGGAUGCAUCUUUUAUACAACUUUGGAGACAGAAAUGAUAAAGUCAAAUCAAUUACAAAGAGUCAAGGAAGAACUUCAGGAAAAUGUUUCCCUACAGCUGAUGCACAAUCUCAACAACUCCAAGAAAAUCAAGAAUCUUUCUGCUAUGCUGCAAAACAUAGCCACCCAGUUGUGUCAAGAACUGUCAAAGAAAGAACCAGAGCACAAAUGUAAACCAUGUCCACAGGCUUCAGAAUGGUACAAGAACAGCUGUUAUUCUCGAUUCCAGAAGUAUGUAACAUGGCAAGAGAAUGUUGAGUUCUGCUCUGCUCGGAAUGCCAGCCUCCUGAAGGUUGAGAACAAGGAUGAGCUGGAAUUUAUAAAGUCCAAGAAGCUAUACGAUUAUUGGCUAGCAUUGUCUUCCAGUAAAAAUUAUGGAUCUUAUGAGCUACUGAGUGAGAAGAUGUUCCUCUCUGAAGGGUUUAAAAGAAGCACAUAUGACAUAACUAAGAUGUCCUGUGGCUUUAUAAGGGGGGAAUAUGUUUAUUAUACAAACUGUGAUGAACAGAAACAUACCAUGUGUGAAGAGACAGCCGGCAAGGUACAGGUGGAAAGUGUGCUAAGUGACCUUCCAGAGGGUAGCAUUCUGUAGUUGCUUGUCUCUAGCUACUAUCCUACUAUAGUGGUUUGAAUGAGAAUGGCCCCUAGAGGCUCAUUUGUUUGAAUACUUGGUCCUCAGUUGGUGGAACUGUUUCAGAAGCACGGGAAGGUGUGACCUUGUUGGAGGAGGUGCAUCACUGAGGAUGGGCUUUGAGUUUUCAAAAGCUCAUGCAAUUCCCAGUUAGUUCUGUCUCUGUCUGUGUUUGUGGAUUGAGCUGUGAGCUCACAGCUACUGUUCAAGGCCGUGUCAGCCUGCCUGCUGCCAUCCUCCUCACCACAAUGGUCAUAGACUCUAACCCUCUGGAACCAGGAGCCAAAUUAAAUGCAUCCUUUCAUAAGUUA